AUGACAAUAAGUGACAUCACAAUUUAUAAAAAUUUCUUGUUUGUUAUAGGGACUGUAAAGUACCCGGUGGAUGGCGGGCCAUCACAGGAAAGAACACACGAGGGCAUGAUCAAGGACAUGGCGGCUGCCUCUGAGCAAGGAACUCGCAUACAGGGAGCAAGGGGGUUGUCUCCCUUAGUCAACGUCAAAGGAUUUGACAUUGUGUGGUCGUUUAGUCCCGACUUUAUGCAUUGUGUACUGCUUGGGGUUGCAAAGCAGCUGACCGAGCUAUGGCUCGCAACUCCUGGAGAGUCAUACUACAUUGGCGAACCAGGAACCGUAGCUCUAGUUGACGGCCGACUCUGCAGCAUUAGACCGCCACAAAUCUUCACCAGACUUCCAAGGUCAUUAACACUUAGAAAAUAUUGGAAAGCUGCAGAGUGGCAACACUGGCUGUUGUAUUUCAGUGUGCCUUGCUUACAAGGAAUCCUGCCUGAGUGUUUCUUGGAGCACUUGUGCCUACUUGUGACAGGCAUCUUCAGCUUGCUAAAAGACAAAGUGACACAGGAAGACGUGGAUAGGAGCACUGGGUGCUUAGUAGAAUUUGUUGCUAAGAUGCAGUUUCUUUACACACAACAGCAGAUGACUUACAACAUACAUCAGCUCCUUCACUUGCCGAAGUGUGUUGUAAUGUUUGACCCGCUCUGGGCUCAUUCCUGUUUCUCUUUCGAGACCAACAUGGGUAGGCUUCUCAAGCUAGCAACUUCUGCAAACGGUGUCCCCAUUCAAAUCAUGUCACGGUUGAUGCUGAAGGAUAGCAUUACUGCAUACAAGACUCUGGCAGCUGACGUCACUCUCGGCUGUAUUUCUAGAAAAAACAGCACGCCAUCACUGAGGAAUUUGCCACUGCCAUUGGGAAAGCCAAAAUCUGUGGGUGAAUCUCUGAAGAAGUUUGUUCUUGAUUCUGUUGCACACACUGGACCUGCCACAGUUGCAGAGUAUGACAGAAUGUCAAUUCAUAAUGUUUCCUUCCACAGUAGCAGCUAUGAGAGGCAGACAAAAACAGACUGCAGGGGUAUCAGACUAGCAGAUGGCACAUACGCUAAGAUAGACCACAUCAUUGAGGUUGCUGGUGGAGAACUGACAUCUGAGCUGUUUAUUUCUUCGCAUGUCUAUUAUGUGAGCAGCCUCCAAGGUACCCUGCACAUCAAGGCUGCAACCAAGCGACCCCAGUAUAAACUGUACAAAGUUGACAUGACUAUGAUGCCAUGCAUAUUCAUGCAGCUUGAACAAAGAGCGUUUUUCUGCGAUCUCGUUAACAGGUAUGAGUGGUCUUAAACCUUACGUGAGGCCGUCAUAACAAUUGUUUUGCUUGCGGUAGCAUGGAUGUGGAUUGUCUCAAGCAGUAUGUGCUGUCUGUCAGUGCUUUGUGCAACAAGUGGUUGUGCAACCACCUGUUGCACAAACCCAUGCUACCUUUUGUCAACUCAUUGCAAUGUAUGAAAGU